GGGGCUAACACCUGGUGCUUUUAGGGAGCUCACGAAGCAGUCCUUUUCCGCGAGAAAAGCUAUAUUAGCAUUGAUAUCCCCCCAGCGCUCCUCGUUUGCCCGUUGUUAUAAUGCGAUUGUCCCUGUGACAGCAGCUUCCUUUGACCACCUGCCACCGCCCCCAAGAUACAAAGGUAACGCUACAUUAUUACUCCACAACUUAUACCAACAUCCACACGGGAGACGCCGAGCGAGGCCAGGUCUCUUCCUCUUACACCCAUCCCUCCACACCUCUUCCACAUCACAGCAUUCAUUCAUUCUUUCUUUCUUUUCUUCUUAUCUUUCUCCUCACUCUACAUGUUUCAUAACCACCUUUCUCGACUUCAUGACAUUCUCUCCGAAUUUGCCCAUAUAUUAAAGUCCGACAGUAGGAAUAUGGCUCUGGAUCCACGCUUCUACAGCAACAUUGGAGGCCAAUCUGAUCACUUUGCGCCCCAGGGCAGAGUUUGCACUCCGCCAGUCGAGUCUCCGGCACAAUAUUAUUAUCCCGGCGCGACACCAAGUAUGGCCUCCUUUACAUCUGCAUCAUCAGCCGCGUUAAGAUCGACCGCGUCCACACCUUCAUUUCGAUCGAGAGAAAGCGUCAUGGUACCCGCACCUAAGUGUGACGCGCCAAUAAGUAGCGGAGGAAACGUCAAGGUCGUUGUGCGUGUCAGAGCAUUUUUGCCGAGAGAAAUAAGUAAUGGGACGGAAUGUUUGGUUUCGAUGAACCCUCGGACGCAAUCGACGACGUUGUCUGCACCAUCUUCUGCCAAUGCGAAUGUCGCUAAUGCGAGAGCCCAGAGCAGAAGUAAAGCUGUUGAAGAGAAGAGCUUCACAUUUGACAACUCCUUCUGGUCACACAACAGGGCAGAUCCACAUUAUGCUGAACAGGAGGAUGUUUAUAAUUGUCUGGGUGAAGAGUUUUUGGACCACAACUUUGAAGGAUACCACACCUGUAUAUUUGCAUAUGGACAGACGGGCUCAGGGAAGAGUUAUACAAUGAUGGGUACUCCAGAGCAGCCUGGACUGAUUCCUCGAACAUGUGAGGAUCUAUUCCAGCGCAUUGAGAACUCAAACUCGCCGGAUAUUACCUACAAUGUCCGUGUUUCCUAUUUUGAGGUAUACAACGAACAUGUCCGUGACUUGCUAGUUCCUCGAACAGACCCUCCAUAUUAUCUUAAAAUCCGAGAGUCUCCCACAGACGGACCAUAUGUGAAGGAUCUAACGGACGUACCAGUUCGGAACAUUGAUGAGAUUAUGCGUUACAUGCGGAAAGGCGAUGCAUCUCGCACAAUUGCCAGUACGAAAAUGAACGAUACCAGCUCGAGAUCGCAUGCUGUUUUCACGAUUAUGCUGAAGCAGAUUCAUCACGACUUAUCUUCUGAUGAAACUACAGAGAGAGUUGCCCGUAUCCGGCUGGUAGAUCUUGCAGGUUCCGAAAGGGCCAAAUCCACGGAGGCAACUGGAAAGAGACUGCGAGAGGGUUCAAAUAUUAACAAGUCAUUGACCACAUUGGGCCGCGUAAUUGCGGCUUUGGCAGACACUAAACAGCGCCAAAAUGGACGCAAGACCAAGGAUAUUGUUCCCUACCGAGACUCCAUUCUCACCUGGCUCCUCAAGGACAGUUUAGGAGGAAAUUCAAAGACUGCGAUGAUAGCAUGCAUUGCCCCAGGAGACUAUGACGAGACACUCUCGACACUUCGCUACGCCAACCAGGCCAAACGCAUCCGUAACCGUGCUGUUGUCAACCAGGACCAUAUAUCUGCUGCACAACGAGACGCUGAAAUCGCGGAAAUGGCCGAAUUGAUUCGUACGCUGCAGCUCAGCGUCAGCCAGCAAGCAGUAACGAAACGAGAAAGUGAAUUACAAACUGAAAAACUAGAAGAGUACCAAAAACAGGUGACCAGGAUGCAGCAGUUGAUGGAAGAAAUGAAGAUGGUCAGUGAAACCAAGAUCAGACAACUUCAGACCGAAAACGAGGCUCUCCGACUUCACCUGAAACUGGCACUAGAGAGUUUGAAGAACCCUAUACCCCCGGUACAAGUACCCAAACAGAGAAACAGACAGAGUAGUGUCCGCUCCUUGCUCGCAAAGGAUGAGAGCAACAUCGAAAUACUGGAGGAAGAGGCAGAAAAGGAAAACACCGCCCCUCCCGGCCUCGAUGACCAGAUAGGAGACAAGGAACCUGGAUUGAGCCGUUUCGACCUGGAAGCCCUUGAAGUCCAGGCUGAGAUGGAAGACCUUCUUUCCGACCUGAACAUGUUCCGCAAAAAGCUUGCUGACGACUGUGAACGAUUCGGCGUCAAGAAGAGACCUGCUCGGCCCAGCCAUGCUGCCAGAAAGGUGCUCGGUGAACUUGAAGCCAACAACAACUGA